CCGAAGUCAGCCCUAUAGCUUCGGCGCAGUGCCGAUCACUGACGUUUGUCAACAAAAUGGUGCUUGACUCUUGAGACAGGCUAAAUUACACCAUAUUGUUAAUGACAUUGAGCAUACAUUUUUUUAAAUACCUUCGCGAAGUAAAACUUCUGUACGUAGUACUUAUUAUUAUUCUGUGGUCGUACCUGAGCCACGUGCGGCUGAAGCACCCGUCGGAGUUUAUCUGCGGCUCGUGCGGGUACUCCUUCGUCAGCCGGCUCGGGCUCAGCAUGCACCGCACCAUGAUGCACAAGGACGCCGAACCAGAAGAAGCUGAAGGUGAUAGCACUGAAGGCGGUUACUGUGCGCUUUGUGAUGUCAAAUUCUCGUCAAUGGAGGCCUACCGCCGGCACAUGGUCACCUCGGCCAAGCACACGCAGGACCAGGACUUUAAGAACGGCUGUCGCGAGUGCGGCGAGACGUUCACCAGCGAGGAACAACUCCGCGCGCACCACCGCCGCCAACACGCGCGCAAGCGGCCCAAGAACUACGGCAAGAAGCCCUGCCCAUUCACCUUCCCUACGCUCUGUCCUCACUGCCCGGAGACAAUAGAGAAUGCGCGGGACUACUGGUCGCACUUCAGGCGCGUGCACCCCGACCAGCCCUACCCCAUCCAGAAGAACUACGUCUGCGACAUCUGCGGGAAGAGCUUCCGGGGCAACGCGUUCCUAACAUACCACAAGCGGACGCACUCCGAAGAGCGCAUGUACAAGUGUGCGCAGUGCCCGAAGGCCUUCUACAACCGCACCAACCUCCAGCUGCAUGAGAAGACGCACUCCGACACGCGGCCCUAUCCAUGCUCCGUCUGCUUCAAGGCCUUCAAGGCCAAAGGCGCCCUGGACCGCCACUUUAGGGUAACUAUACUGACACGACACUAAGCAGGCACUACGCAUCCAAGCUGCGCUCUUACCCUGCUCCGUUUGCUUUGAGGUCUCACAGGCCAAGGGCGCCCUGGACCGCCACUUUAGGAUGCACGAGAGGAAACUCGCGGAUGCCCGGCCUUUCCCCUGCUCCGUCUGCUCCAAGGCGUUCAAGGACAACAGCGCUCUCGUGCGGCAUUUCAGGAUCCACACAGGCGAGAAGCCGUACGAGUGCGAAGUCUGCGGCAAAGGUUUCGGCCAGUCCAACAGCCGCAAGCUUCACGUGCUCACUGUGCACCUUAAGCAGCCCGCGCCCUACGUCAGCCGCGCGCGUCUGCAGCGUGGCAAGGGCAAGCCCGCCGACAAACCGCUCUACUAGCGCCGGCUGUCGGCACUCGCGCCGACU